AUGGUUGUCGCUACAAUCAAGUGUGUCGUAGUGGGCGACGGUGCUGUUGGAAAGACCUGCCUCCUCAUCUCAUACACUACCAACAAAUUUCCUUCCGAAUAUGUGCCUACCGUGUUCGACAACUACGCUGUCACUGUCAUGAUUGGCGAUGAACCCUACACUCUCGGUCUAUUUGAUACUGCCGGUCAAGAGGACUAUGACCGCCUCCGUCCUCUCUCAUACCCACAGACCGACGUCUUUCUGGUCUGCUUCAGUGUCACAUCCCCAGCGUCAUUCGAGAAUGUCCGUGAGAAAUGGUUCCCAGAAGUUCAUCACCAUUGCCCAGGAGUACCUUGCCUCAUAGUUGGUACGCAGACCGAUCUUCGCGAUGACCCACAGGUGCGGGAAAAGCUUGCCAAACAACGCAUGCAACCAGUACGCAAAGAGGACGGAGAACGUAUGGCGAAAGACUUGGGAGCGAUCAAAUACGUGGAGUGCUCUGCAUUGACACAGUACAAAUUGAAGGAUGUCUUCGAUGAGGCUAUUGUAGCAGCCCUAGAACCCCCGCCAACUAAGAGAGGUGGAAAGGAUGGGAAGAAGCACCGAGGUUGCGUGAUCUUGUGA